AUGUGGCUUUGGCUGGCCGGCUGGGCGGCUGGGCGGAAGCUUCGCGGGUGGCAGCUGCCUGCAAACGCCCGACUGCUAUCUCUCAAUGUAUUGUUUUCGGUGACGCCUGAUGGUGUGCCCACGUUUGCGCCCGUGCCGCAGAUCUACUCGGAGAUUUCAGAGGAGCCUGUAGCAGCCGCCAGCCUGGGCCAGGUGUACCGCGCCGUGCUGCGUGAGACCGGGGAGCGCGUGGCCGUCAAGGUCCAGCGGCCGGGCAUAGGGGAGUCCAUCGCCAUCGACAUGCUGCUGCUGCGGCGGCUGAUGGGCGCCGUAGACACCAGCGUCCUGCCGCAGAUCGGGAUCUCGCAGCCUUUGGUGCCGCUGGUGGACGAGUUUGCCGCGCGGCUGUUUGGCGAGUUGGACUACGUCCAGGAGGGCAAGAGCUGCGAGAAGUUCCAGGAGCUGUAUGGCGGCAUGCCGCGCGUUCGCACCCCCAAGAUUGUCUGGUGCUCGACCAGCCGCCGUGUUCUGACGAUGGAGUGGAUAGAGGGCGUGAAGCUCACAAAUAAGGAGGCCAUGGCGGCGGCAGGGCUGUCCAUUACCGACUUUGUUGACGUGGGCAUCGAGUGCACCCUGAGGCAGCUGCUGGAGCACGGCUUCUUCCACGCAGACCCUCACCCCGGCAACCUGCUGGCGUCCCCUGACGGCACCCUGGUGUACCUCGACUUUGGCAUGAUGAGCGAGGCCCCGCAGUACGCGCGGUUCGCCAUCAUAUCACACGUGGUGCACCUUGUCAACAGGGAUUACGAGGCGAUGUGUCGCGAUUACUACACCCUGCAGUUCAUGGACCCCUCAGUGGACACGCGCCCCAUAGCCCCGGCCCUGCAGGCCUUCUUCGACGAUGUCCUCGAGUCCUCGGUUUCAGAGCUCAACUUCAAGGCCAUCGUGGACGGGCUGGGGGCGGUGCUGUUUGAGUAUCCCUUCAGGGUCCCUGCGUACUACGCUCUCAUCCUGCGGUCACUCACAGUACUGGAGGGCCUUGCACUGCAGGCAGACCCCAACUACAAGCUGCUGGCCAAGGCAUACCCCUACAUGGCGCGCCGCCUGCUGACAGACCCCGCGCCAGAGCUGAGGGGCAGCUUCGAGGAGCUGGUCUUCCAG